AUGCGCUGGGUAACCGACCCCGUUACAGGCGAUACCGCGGUUCACGUUGCUGCUGCUGCUGGAAAUAUUGAGGGCUUUAAGGUCAUCGCAAGAAGCUUCGGGAGGGACUGGCGCCCUAACGAGUGGUAUAUGACAUGCAUCAAGGCCAUUUUCUUCCUACGCAACAAGGCUGGUGAUACCGUCUUCCAUAUUGCAGCUCGCGCCGGCCGUCUAGGUGUUGUCAAUGCUGCUUGGUAUUGGUUCCUUUGCCUUCCGCAGAUGAAUCAGCUUCCAGAUGAAUCUGGCUCUGACGUCUAUGUCCCUGUGGAUGAAGAUAUGCCCGAGCCCGAAGAUGUUAAUCCUCUAUAUAUCCCCGAAUGCAUGAUGGCUAUUGUCCUUCUGGCCAGGAAAAACUUCGCCGGUCGCACUCCUGCCGAUGAAGCAAUUACCGCUGGCCACGAUAAUGUCGCGGAGUGGCUAAGGCUAGUGCUAGACCGUCUUACCCUGAACGGUAGGAGAGUUAUAGAGGGCAGAAUGGCUAGAAUGGAGGAACUGGUCGACGGCCGCUAUGAUAUUGAUGGGCACCACAUCAAGCCUCACCAGAUUCCAGCCAUUAAAAGACUAUAUAUGAGGAUAGAUCCUAAUGGAAGCGUGACUUGGACAGAUGAUGCUGGACGUGAGGUUGCAAUAGAUGAUGAUGGAAACCCAAUUUUGGGUUUUUGCACAUAUUAG